UGUCAUUCGUUCUUUAGGGAGGUGUCGCAGUUUAUUCUCGAAAAAUCUAAAACAUCUCGUGAUAAAAUCGUCGAAUUUACAAAGAACCCGCUAAAAGACGAAAUGACGGCCCCAACAGCAGCAGGUGAUGUUGGAAGAUCGCAAAUUACCGCUUAUAAGGAUAAAACCAAACCGGCCGAUGUCCGGCUGAGCAACAUAAAUGCCGCUAAAGCUGUUAGUGAUGCUAUCCGCACGAGUUUGGGCCCCAGGGGUAUGGAUAAAAUGAUCCAAUCUGGAAAUGGGGAAGUUACCAUCACAAAUGAUGGAGCUACUAUUUUGAAGCAGAUGAAUGUCAUUCAUCCAGCAGCUAAAAUGUUAGUUGAAUUAUCAAGGGCACAAGAUAUUGAAGCUGGUGAUGGAACAACAACCGUUGUUGUAAUGGCUGGGGCUUUAUUACAAGCAGCAGAGAAAUUAUUAUAUCGAGGAAUCCAUCCAACAGCUAUUUCUGAGUCUUUCCAAAGAGCUGCUUCACAUGCUGUUGAGAUCUUAACUAAUAUUUCAACACCAGUCCAAUUAGAUAAUCGUGAACAACUCAUUCGUAGUGCUUCAACUUCUUUAAAUUCAAAAGUAGUCUCACAAUAUUCGAGCCAAUUAGCACCAUUGGCUGUUGAUGCUGUUUUAAAAAUUGUUGAACCAGGUCAUGAAUCUGUAGUGAAUCUCACUGAUAUAAAAGUACUUAAACAGUUAGGUGGAACUGUUGAAGAUACAGAGUUAGUUGAGGGUAUUGUUUUCCCACAAAGAGCGGCGAAUAUAAACGGCCCCAAACGUAUUGAAAAAGCAAAAAUAGGUCUAAUUCAAUUUUGUAUUUCCCCACCAAAAACUGAUAUGGAUCAUAACGUGAUUGUUUCUGAUUAUGCUGCAAUGGAUCGUGUUUUACGCGAAGAAAGGCAGUACAUUCUAAACAUUGUUAAACAAAUUAAAAAAGCUGGAUGUAAUGUCUUAUUGAUUCAAAAAUCGAUUUUAAGAGAUGCAGUGUCCGAUCUUGCGUUACAUUUCCUCGAUAAAAUAAAAGUGAUGGUUGUUAAAGACGUUGAGCGCGAAGAUAUUGAAUUUGUUUGUAAAUCGUUAAAUUGUCGCCCGAUUGCAUCUCUAGAUCACUUCACCGCGGAAAAUCUCUCCAACGCUGAAUUAGUUGAAGAAGUGGGAUUCAGUGGAAAUCGAAUGGUGAAAAUAACCGGGGCCCAAAACGCAGGAAAAACCAUCACCCUUCUAGUCCGUGGUUCAAAUAAAUUAGUUUUAGAAGAAGCCGAACGCUCCAUUCACGAUGCGCUUUGCGUAAUUCGUUGUUUAGUUAGGAAGAAGGCGGUUAUCGCGGGAGGUGGAGCUCCGGAAAUCGAAUUGGCUUUAAAAUUGGCCGCCCAAGCUGAUAAAUGCGAAGGUUUAGACGCGAUUUGCAUGCGAGCUUAUGCUUAUUCUUUGGAGGUGGUUCCCUUUACUCUGGCUGAAAACGCCGGGUUAAAUCCAAUCCAAACCGUAACAGAAUUGCGAAAUAGACAUGCUAAAAAUGAAAUUUCCGCGGGAAUUAAUGUGCGUAAAGGAACCAUUUCGGAUAUUUUGGAAGAAAAUGUUGUUCAACCUUUAUUAGUUUCAGUGAGUGCUAUUACUUUAGCUACUGAAACAGUUCGUUCCAUCUUGAAGAUUGAUGAUAUCGUUAAUACCAUGUCUUAAAUAACACUUUUUUGAAAAUUAUUUAUAACAUUUACGUUUUUAGAUUCAUUUUGCUUAUUAUCACACUUACAGAAUAUUAAUUUGAGUAUUUUGCAAAUAAAAUCAAAUUAACAUCA